CAGUCUAGAAUCUUGGCGGUUUUGAUGUGUUAAUUGCUUACAUCAAGUGCCUUACCAGCUUCAAAUGCGAAUGGACUGGAUGGACGUUGUAACUUAAAAAAUCUCAUCUAAUUAUUGACAUGCUUUAGAUAGAUGAAAUAAUGAUGAUUUGUGAGUGAUGAUUUCCAAUGGCCUGAUAGGUCAGCCGGAUUACAAAAACCUGAAGUAAAAAAAAUAUUGUUAUGGUGAAAUAUAAACCAGAAAUUACAUUUUCUUUAAAUAUUUAUAACACUUGUUUGGAUUCGCUGUAACUAAGUAAUUAAAUUAAGAUAUACUCUACAACAGUUAUUUUGCAGUGCAGUGUAGGGGGUGGAUGUGUUUAAAAAUGAAUCUCCACUUUGUAUUCUUUCAAGUUGUAUUUUCACAGUUGUUAAUGGAAAUAAAUGCAAGGCAAUUCAGAGUGACCGAUCAAGUAUUCUUUGAUAUACAAAGUGAAGAGAAGCCAAUAGGCAGAAUAGUUAUUGGAUUGUUUGGAGACUUGGCACCAAAAGCGGUGAAAAACUUUAAAGUGCUUGCAACAAAAGGCAUAAAUGGAAAAUCAUACAAAGGCACAAGUUUUAAUCGCAUUAUUAAACGCUUUAUGGUUCAAGGAGGUGAUGUUGUUUCCGAUGAUGGAAAUGGAUCAAUUAGCAUUUAUGGUGAAGUAUUUGAUGAUGAGAAUUUGGAUACCCAGCACAAAAUAGCUGGAUUUGUUUCAAUGGCUAAUAAAGGUAAAAAUACGAAUGGUUGUCAGUUCAUCAUAACAACAAAAGGCACACCAUGGCUGGAUGGUUUGCAUACAGUUAUUGGAAAAGUUGUUGAUGGUCAAAACUUAGUGCAUGUGAUAGAACACACGCCCACAGAUGUAGAUGAUCGUCCAACAAAGCGGGUUUAUGUAGCAGACUGUGGCUUGGUGCCGACGCAACCGUUUUACGUAUCAGAUGAUCCAUAUGACUUAUGGUCUUGGAUAAAGGCUUCUGCUGUGCCACUUACGAUGUCUUUUUCUAUACUUGGUUUCUUCCAUUGGAUGAUAUCAAAAAUAGAUUUUUAGAACAAAUGUAAACGGAUAUUUUUAUGAGGUCUUCCUAAAACCUUGAAGUAUGUUUAUUGUAAAAGGAAAUAUUCUAAACGUAAAACUGUACACAUUUCAAAUAUUAUAUUUCAAUAAAA